CGUCAGAUACUUCCUUGGCUUCCAACGGAGUUGGUGCUCCUUUGCAAUGCUGCAGUUCUCCGCGGAGAAUAAUUGACAGAAGCAUGAGAAGCCUGGCCCAGGAUUUUUUUGUUCAAGGACAGUAGUGCUUGAGCUUUCCCUCGCUUUGAAGUUCUGGGGCAUUUGAAAGGUGUCGCGCCCAACAGCAGAAGACCGAUAAUCAGCGGACAGUGGAAGGCCAGCAUCUUAUCAUUCAUCCUGGAGAAGACAUGGCUCUGACAGUUGAAACAGAGUCUCAGAUUUACCUCUCCCUCAGAACUGUCUUUGGUGCAGCCGCGCACCUUGUCUCUCUUGGAUUCACUGUUGUCAUGGCAGUGCUCACCAGACCUGGAUCAAGUGUGUUCUCCUGGCAUCCUUUCUUAAUGUCUCUUGCGUUUUCCUUUCUGAUGACAGAGGCCCUGCUGACCUUCUCUCCAGAGAGCUCCUUCCUCCGGUCCUUCUCCCGCAAGGCCAAGGUCCGCUUCCACUGGGCUUUACAGCUGCUUGCUCUCAUCUGUGCGUUGCUGGGUUUGGCCAUUAUCAGCUAUAACAAGUACCUCAAUGGGAAAGAGCACUUUGUCACGUGGCACGGCCAGACUGGCUUGCUGACAGUGGUAUAUGCUAGCAUGCAGUGCACGGGGGGCCUUGCCCUGCUCUAUCCCAAGCUGAUGAAGAACUGGACACUGAGCAAACUGAAGCUAUACCAUGCCACCUCAGGGCUGAUUGGGUAUCUACUUGGUUGUGCCAGUUUGAUGCUAGGCAUGUGUUCCUUGUGGUUUACUACAACUGUGACUGGAAUCUCCUGGUAUCUGAUUGUACUGUGCCCUAUUCUCACUAGUUUGGUUAUCAUGAACCAAGUGAGCAACGCCUACCUCUACCGUAAAAGAAUCCAGCCUUGAAAACCAUCUUAAAACAAGACAUCCGUGUGGGAUCCCUGAAGCAUUUCUGUAUUAUCCGGAAGGAAUCCAUGUCUAUGUACAAGAGUACUGGAGCUCAAGAAUCUUUUUCUACCUGCCUCUAACUCUGUAUGGAUUUUUUUUUAUUGCUGUCAUUCUUCAGUUUUCCAUAGCAUAGGUGCCUAUGCUGUCAAACCAAGUUUCCUGCAGUCCCAUGUGGCAUCCUGUGUGAAUACUGCUGGAAGUAUAACAAGUAUUAGUGUUGUGUAAGAGCCCAACUGCAAUCUGCUGGUGCUCUCCCUGCCCCGAAAUCAGUGGACAUAUUCUGAUUUAGAUUAUUCUUGAUCUGGCCACCUACAUAUACAAUUGUAAAUCUAACUUGCUCUAACUUCCUUUUCAGAUUCUUAUUCAGUUCUAAGGCAUGGGCAUAUUUAACAUUCCUCUUUGAAGGAAUGGCUUUUAUCCAACGUAAUAGCUUUUUGUUUGCAGUAACAGUCAAUUCUCCCUAUGUUUUUAAAGUCACAUGUUAUGUGAAGGUACAGUAUCCCCAGCUAUAUUAGCUAAAUCAUAUAUGCUGAUCAAGGCCUAAUAAUAUAUUUUACAUUUUUAAAAAAAAGUAGAGUUGCUUUCUGCAGAAGGAAAUUCUGAAGAAAACAACUUCAGAAAAUGAAUAC